UUAACUGAAAUCUAAUUUAAUUUAAAUAAAAGAAUAGAAUUUUUUUUUAUAAAUUUAAACUAAACAAUAAAAAUAUUUAACAAAAGAAAAGAAAAAAAAAACACUUUACAUGAAAAAUCUCAACGUGGCUGAAAAACGUAAACGUUGUUCAUCGGCAUCAUCGUCGUCACCGCCGACAAUAGCUGAUGAAUUACCAUUAAAUGCAACUGUUGGUCAUACAAUGGGUAGUUUAAUGGGUUCAACUGCAGCACCAUUUUUAACAUGGCCAAUAUUAUUACCGCCAUGGGGUCCAGCAUUAUUACCAGCGGCAUUUUAUCCAUCUGCUGCAUUAAGGAAUGCUUUACCUGGUUUAUUUGAACCAAAAGUUCCUUCACAAAGAUCUGGUUUUCAAAUAUCAGAUAUAUUAGAAUUAGAUGGUUCUGGUUUAAAGAAUUUACAUCAUCAAACAUCGACAGGAACAACUGUUAAUCAUCAUAAUACAACAUUAUCAGGUGAUAAUCAUACAACAAAUUCUCAUCUUAAUCAUCAUAAUAAUAAUAGUAAUACAAAUUUAAAUACAAAUACUGUUUUAUCAACAACAUCUAAUAAUAUUGGAAAUGGAACAAAUCAUCAUACAGCAUCACAUCAAACUUUAUCACCGACAGAUUCAACAUAUCUAUCGGCAGCAACAAAUAAUAUUAAUGGUAAUUCAGGAACUGCAUUUGGUGAUGAAGCACCAUAUCAUCAUCCAUUUUCUCAUGCAAUGUUUCAUCCAGCUUCAAGAGUUGCAUGGAUGAGAGAAAAUGAUCAUUAUGGAAUACCACAACCAGCUAGCCCAGAUAGUACAUCACCAGUAACAUCUGAAGUUUCUUAUACUCAUAUUGGUAAUUGCCCACAAACAUCACCAUCAUUACCAGAUUAUAAGACUGGCAUUAAUAAUAAUAAUAUAACAAAUAAAAAUAAUAAUAAUAAUAAUAAUAAUAGUAAUAAUAAUCAAAAUUCUACAAAUGUCAUUACAAAUGCUAAUAAUCGUUCCUCUUACAAUACUAACAACAACAAUAAUAAUAAUUCUAAUCCAACAACAAAUAAUAAUAUUGUUGGCGGUGGUUCAAUUAAUAUUAGUGAAGAUAGUUUAAAUGAAAAUAAUCAAAGUUCAUCAAAUCAUAGUGGCGGUGAUUUAAGCCAUCAUAAUGAUAGUUUAAAUGAUGAUGAAGAAAUAAUUGAAGAUGAUGAUGAUUUAGAACAUGAUGAUGAACAUAAUUUAGAUAAUACAAAUAAUCUAAAUAAUGCAAAUGGUUUAAAUGGACAAGAUACGAUACCACAUAAAAAACGAAAACGACGUGUUCUAUUUACAAAAGCUCAAACAUAUGAAUUAGAAAGACGUUUUCGUCAACAACGUUAUUUAUCGGCACCGGAACGUGAACAUUUAGCAAGUGUAAUACGUUUAACGCCAACACAAGUAAAAAUAUGGUUUCAAAAUCAUCGAUAUAAAACAAAACGUGCACAAAAUGAAAAAGGUAUAUAUGAAAAUGCAGCUGUUGCAGCAGCAAUGCAUCAUCAUCAUGUUGCGACAUAUGGAUCACAACCGAAACGUGUUGCUGUACCAGUAUUAGUACGUAAUGGUAAACCAUGUUUAAGUGGUACACAAAAUGGUUUAAAAGAUUUACCAGAUGGUAGUGUAACAUCAUCAUCAUUAUCACAGACAGCACAUUUAAUGAUGUCAGCAGCAGCAGCAAAUAGUCAAUAUCCACAUAGUUUAUUACCGCCAUCUGGUCGAUGGUGGUCUUAAUAUUAUAUGUAGCAAAUAUUUAAAUAAUUUUUUUUUUAAAUUUUUUUUUUUUAUGAAAUAUGCAAAUUUUUUUUUUUUAGAUUACUAUAGUAAAAAUACAUUAACAUUACCUAUAAUAUUAUAUAAAUACAUCUGUAUGUAUAUGGCAAUAAUUAAUUUUUAAGGAUAUUUGUGAAUAUUAUACAUGAGAUUUUUGUUAAAAAGAAAAGAUUUAAAAUUUUUUCUUAAAAAAAUUAUUUUAGUUUAAAAUCAUUUCUAAUGUGCCAUAAUUUAUAAUAGAGUUUAAUUGAAAAACACUAAAGAAAUACUUUCAAACUAUUUAUAAAAAUAUUCUGAGUUAAACCAAAUUAGUCAAUAUGAAAAUAUUAGCCAAGCAAGCUCUAUAGAAAAUCUUAAAAGAAUAGAAAGAGAGAUUUGCAAUUUUUGAUUUACACUUUACGCAUCUAAUACAGAAUCGGCAUCUCUUUCGUACAUUUUACAAACAAAGUGUUGUAAUAAGGAGCUAUCUGGCCCAAUCCAUAUUUCAUAUACAACUAUAUGAACCUUAAAUAAAUUUGUUUUUAAACAAGAAAUCUUUUCUUAUAUAAACUCAAAUCUCUCACUUU